GCUCUACCUGAUGCUGGUCAAGGUUCUACCAUUGAAGUACAACCGUAUCGCCUGGUUCUAUUUGUGUGGUUAUGGGGUUCCAGCCCUUAUAGUCGGUGUGUCCUCUGCCGUAUACUCCGAGGGAUACGGAACCUCCACAUGUUGUUGGCUGACGCACGAUCAUGGCUUUAUCUGGACUUUCACUGGACCCGUCCUUUUAGUCAUGGUGAUCAACAUUUGUUUUCUUAUCCAAACCCUGCGAGUGAUUUACAAGGUUGGACACGGAACGAUGAGGUCUUCACAUCAAGAUACGCACCUCCAGUGCUUCAGGCGUGCCGCUAGAGGCGCUGUCCUCUUACAAUGCAUCCUCGGGACAACAUGGAUCAUUGGCUAUGCCUACCAGGGACCAAGCACUCUUGUCUUUGCUUACGUGUUUACGACCCUCAAUUCUACCCAGGUAAAAUAUGCGAUAGCCUCAGUUGUGAGGCCGAAUCGUGCUAAAUUUACGAAUGCAAACCUCGAGCAUAAAACGAUCAAAUUCACCCCUCUAACCCGACCAAAGGGCCUAAUUGCCGUGAAAAGACGAAUGCCAAAUAUUUUUUUCAAUUGUUUUUUUUUAUGCUCAAAAUGAAGAAACAUCAUCAGCCCGACUACAAAUUAUUUUGGCUUUGAAACUUUUUCAGAAUUUUGAACUUAUGAAAAAGUUCAACAAUUUUGACGGGAAAACUUAAUCAUGCAUUUUGUCCCCGGAUUUUCAACUUCACUAAUGCGACCACCCCGGUAACGCGACCAUUCAACAUCGGUCCCAUGAG